AUGGUGAAUGAGAAUUCAAGAUUAAGGGUUACCUUGAGUAGUUGUAAGUCAAGUGAUUCAGAUUCUGAUGAUGCAAAGGAAGAUGCCUAUCUAUCCUGUUCUUGGUUCACUUUUAAGUUUUUUGCGGCGGCUGUUGCAUAUUCAAGGAUGAUGGAGUAUAAUUUCAUAUCCCCCGAACAUAUCAUAAUGUUCACAGUUGAUGAUGGCAGCAUAAAUCGUGUGUUGAAGAGUGGCACCUUAUCUUACAUAGCCAUCUUACUUGUGCUUGGAUUUACACAUAUGCAGUCAAUAUACCUCGACUUUGAAGGGGAAGAAAAUACUGGUGUCAUUAAAGGCGUCGCUUUACAUGUCAGUUCAGAACAAAAUGGUCAGAUGGCAACCCCACCACGAGUAGUUCCCUCCAUUGGUUGUGGUGGUGCCGCCAUCCCGUAUUCUGGCCGGUCACUGCAUCAUGAAGGCUUUGCUGAUCGGCUAAGAAUGGUGGAGACUGAGCAAGAUACAAAUAAUCCAAAUGUUCUAACGUUUGAGUCGCCGUCGAUCGAUCAGGAGAUGAGAUAA